AUGUGGAACGAUUUAGAAGAACAUGAUAAUGAUAUUCUAACUAUAGAACUAAUUGUAAGAGGAUUUGAUCCUAAUGAUCCCUUACUGGAAUAUCAAAUAACUAAAGCAGAUAUAAUUCAAUUAGAAAACUUAGAUAUGAUUCAACCUAAAGAGUAUACUAAAGAAAACUUCCAACAAGUAGUAGCAACAAAUAA